GACUGGUGGAGAAUCGAUUGGGGAUGGAGACCAUGGUCAAGACCGAAACAGCAAUAAGACCCUUCACGGCAUGCCCGUGGACCCAUUGAGGUCGAUGAAAGGCAUAAAAAGGCACUUCUUUCCCCCUCGAAAAGCAAGAUAACAAGAUGAACAUUGAGCUCCAGAGCAUCAAAACCCAGAACCCAACCAGACACUGAAGAAGACACCCGACAUGGCGAUCUCGUCCCACGACUUCAAGCUCAUCAAGCUUGGGUUGGCCAUCUUGACAGCCUCCAAGGCAUUUGCCAAUCCGCUUCCAGAACAGCCAAAGCGCCGACCCGAGGAGCCCCUCAACCCUGGCUUCGAGACGGGCAAUCUUCAAGGCUGGCAAGUCGUUCAUGGCAAUGCCUUUGGAGACCGCUCCGUUACCGAUCUGGCCUCGUACUGGGGCGGCCCCUUUUACCAAGACCAGAAGCACUUCAUUUUGGGCACCGCCCAGGACGGAGAGUCGGCCGUGGGCGAGCUCAGAUCAAGCUCGUUCCGGGCAAACUCUGCUCUGAGCUUCCUCAUCGGCGGGGGAUAUGAUCCAGACAAUCUUUACGUUGGCCUCGUCAGGGACCGUGACGGCCAGUUGCUUUUAAAGCAGACGGGGACCAAUGACGAGGCCCUCAUCCGCAUUGUCUGGGAUACCGGGAAAUGGUCUGGCCAAGAGGUCCACGUUGUCAUCCACGACAACAGCACGAAGGAGUCCUGGGGCCAUAUCAACUUCGACGACCUCCGCCUCGGUGAUGCUGCUCUUGGCAACGGACCAGGGCUGACCUUCCAGCCCAUCGGUCAAGCAAACCAACCGCCGGCGCACGAUCAGCCAGCAUGCUCACUCUUCGCCGAGGACCCGCUGCGCCCGCAGUACCACUACACGCAGUACCAAGGAUGGAUCAACGACCCGGCCGGGCUUGUGCAGUGGAAAGGUCGUCACCACCUCUUCAGCCAGUAUUACCCGGCCGCUCCCUUCUGGGGCCCGAUGUACUGGUCCCAUGCCGAGAGCCCUGAUGCGGUCCACUGGCGCGAGCUUCCUGUCGCCCUCACUCCGAAGCCGGCAGAGCCUGGCGAUGAGUCUGGACGCUUCACCGGCAGUGCCAUGAUCCAUGGAGACGAGUUGCAUCUCGUCUUGACCGACUAUUUCGACACGAGAGCCCACCCCGACGCAGUUCAAGAAAACGUCAUCGUCGCCAGCAGCAGCGACGGCGUCAACUUUACGCUGUCCCCUCAGAACCCCGUCAUUCCCGCCCCUCCAGCGGGAGCCCCUGCAUUCUUCCGUGAUCCCAAAGUCUUCCAUGACCCGACAGACAACUCUACAAAGUUGGUGAUUGGUGCGUCCAACGGGGAACGGGGCCAGGUUCAGCUGUACCAUGCCCCAGCGUCUGACCCGUUUUCCUGGUCCCACGUCGGCGUCCUGUACACCGGAGAGGAAGGCACCGAUGCGCUUUGGGAAUGCCCCAACUUCUUCCCGCUUGGCGACAAAUGGGUGCUCUUUUAUGGUUCCAAGGCGUUGGGAGUUUACGAGACGGGGACUUACAACGGGUCCGUCUUCGUGAGCGAGAAGCGUGGCCUCGUCGAUGCCGGCCCGGCGAGCUAUGCGAUGCAGUGGUACAAGGACGAGUCCGGACGCGACCUAGCCAUCUCCUGGAUGGCGAACUGGCCAACCACCAAGUGGCCGAGCCGCGCCAACGGCUGGGCCGGACAGCAAUCCAUCACUCGGGAGCUGUUCCUCAGGGCCGACGGCGGCUUGGGUAGCCGUCCCAUCGCGGAGCUCGACAGCCUCGCAAGCGGUCCCGCCAGACAGUUGGGCCCGCUCCAAGUCAGCGAUGAGGCCGUUGACAUUGGCAACACCAACACGGCGAGGCUAAAGCUCACUGUCGAUCUCGGCGAGACGAGCGCCUCCUCCUUGACGCUAUCCCUGUUCCAAUCUCAGGCAGAGUCCACGCUCCUCACCUACCAUACCGGAAACCAAACCCUGACCUUGGAUACCACCAAUGCUGGCUAUGGCCAGGCAGGAACGUGGGAGGCGGUCCUCGCUAAGCCAGCAGACAACAAGUUGACAUUGGACAUUUUCCUCGACCGCUCGGCUUUGGAGGUUUUUGCUGGAGACGGUACUGUCAUGUCGGCGACGGUUUGGCCUCGAUAUCAGGAAUCGACAGGCAUUAGCGUCGUUGGGAACCAGGGAACUGUGGCCUUGAGCGCCGUCUCGGUCACGCCCCUCGGUUCGAGCUGGUGCUAAGCGCAAUUCGAGAUGUCGGCCAACUCUCUUGGGG